AUGGCCACCACGCAGCCAAAGGAGGCGCUCUCGCUCGCCGACCUCAAUAUUCUAGCUGCGAACCCGCCCCCGUACCCGGAGAAGCCUCAUGAAGAGAAUCAAGAGCCUUUGGUACUCUACAUCUCUCGAGUGCCGGGCACACGAGAUAUCAUCCUCUCUCCGUUCAAGCCCUCCCUGAAGAAUGUCGGUCCCGAAGACGUCAGCAGCUCGCUCUAUUACGUCCAUCUUGAGCUUCCGAGCAACGUAUUGGUCGCUCCGACACCGUUCCACAACGCCGAGAUUAGCAGCACCAGUGAUCGAAGCGUUUCAGUCGCGAUUCCGCGCAAGCCUUUGCCCGACAACGCACGUCCGUUGACGCCAGACAGCGCUUCCAGCUCCAAGAUGAAUUUGGCAGCGCCCGUCGCCGAUGGGCGCCAGCGCGGGGCUUCGGUGACGUCGCACGACGGCUUUCGCCCAGCCCUGUCUUCGUCUUUGGCGACCGAAUCAUACAUGCCCACGUCCGAUGCAGAUGGAUUCGGCCACGCUCCACCAGCUGGCCCAGGCUUCCAGGCACCUCCGGUCCGCAAGCCAGUUGGGCCGAGGGCCAUGGUUCCGGCCAUGGAAGUUCCCGACAGCGCCGCGGGCGCUUUGAGGGAAGGCCGCGAUGCGCGCCGCAGCCAUGCAAGCCGCACGCCGUCGCCCAGAAAGAACAGCACUGCUUCGGUGGCGCCCGGUGAGCCGUUUGCUCUGACGCUCAUUCGGCGGGACCCUGGCACGGGCAAUCAGUGGAAUGUCGGAAGGGUCAGCUCGCGGCAGCUCGAUCCUUCUGAGCAGGAGGAAGAGCAGGGUGCUGGCGUAUUCAAGACGAGCAGUCCUCCCGACGGAGUGUCGACGAGUAGUCCGCCCAUAAGGAUCGAUAUUGAGAACUCGGGCUACGCCAAGUUCCGUCCCUUGCCGCGAAGACGUAGCCUCGAGGCCGCCGGGCUGGGAACACUAGCAGCCAAUGCUACCGACGAGGAGCAUCCAGUUCCCGAGAUCGGAGUCUUCUCCCGGCAGCUCCAGAUGGGCUACACCAAGAGCCUCAUGUCGAACCUCAAGGACAAGAUCCAGAAGCAGAUCAACAAGAAGGGGCACAGCCGGAGCGAUAGCGACUCGUCCCGAGAAAUGGCCAACGAGCAGGCUGCCGCUGCGGCCUUUGGCCAGCCCGGCCCCGGCAUGAAGCCCCGCGGCUACACAUUCACUAGCCCAUGGAACGGCAAGUGCGACUUUCGCACCGGCAGCGCGGGGCGAAGCGUGCGUUGCUACCACACGCCGCACGACCCCCAGAACAGGACCUACAACCAGCUGCUCGAGGAGCAGGGCAUCAACCUGCCCAGACCGGCAGCCACGGCCCUGAGCGAGCUGCGCUUCAACCUCCCCAGCACAGAUCUCUACGGGCCGUCGGACAACCACGACGGCGGCGGCGCAAACGGCGAGUCAAAGCUGAGGGGCCACUUUGCGAAGCUCCUGCAGGGGUCGUCCGGACGUGACGCAGACGACCACGAUGACGAGUACGACAGCUACGUCUCGCCGUUUGACCUCAACAUUGGUGGCGAGCGCGCGGGAGGCGGCAAGCGUGGCAACAGGGCCAAGCUCGGGAAGCUGGUCAUCUUCCACGACGGCCUCAAGAUGCUGGACCUGCUCGUCGCGGCCAACGUUGGCGUGUGGUGGGGGGCAUGGGAACGGAGCUUUUGA